UGAAAUGUUUUACACCGGAUGUUGGCGAUACUGGCGUGCUUUUGCAUAUUAGGGUUAUACGCAGUUACUGCCCGGUAUGUAAACAAAAUUGUUUAUGUGGUAACGGCAGGAAAGCGACGUAUGUGCGAAACGAAGAAAAUUAUGCGGUAAAAAGACAUCAAUCAGAUGUCCCGGAACGUUAUUUCUCCGAAAUGUAAAUUAUAAGUGCAGCAGAGUGACAAAUACAAAUUUUUGUCAAAAAAAAUGAAAGUAACGACGUUGAAGGGCAUUUUCCCUGAUCCCAAGCCAGUCAGAAGAAAGAAUUUUAUUCAGGAAAACGUAAGAAACCUCCGGCGAAUGGAACAAUGCUUCCAAGCAAGCAAAGAGGUGGAAGAGUUCCAAAAAUUACAACUACACAAGCAUCACAAGACUACAGACAAGUAUCAAAAUGUGCCUGCAAAAGUGGUUACUAUUCGAGACAAAAAGAAACGCACAGAGAGCUGUAAUAUUGAUCGAACAUCAACUGAAAAGGUGGAAAUUGACGAACAAGCACAGAAUGGGACCAAUGCAUUUGAGUACGAUAAAAAGCAUGCUGCUACUAAAAAGAUUGUUGAACCAGGAAUGAAUAACAUGUCAGGUAGACAAAAGAGGACUAGUAAGCAUAAGAUUCAGCAGAAAUUGCAACCACAGGUUUUGUCCGAACCAAAUGUCUUGCACAAGUCUAAUAACGCUGUAAAUGAUGUGGAUAUACAAAAUACUGUCAAAUAUAAAAGUCAAGGAGUCCAGACUUUAGAUACAGAUGAACUGGAAAGUAUAUACUCCGAAGGUAUUAUUCGAUAUCCAAGCAAAGUUACAAAACAUGAAACAGCAAAUGGCGAUUUAAAUAAGCAAGAGGAGAAGAUUUCGAAGAAACAAUCUGAUUCUCCUGUGGAUAGAGGUGACACGCAUGGUCUCGAAGAUUUGCAGAAAAUCGAUUUACAAAAUUCUACAUCGUCGGCGCCUAAAGAAGAGAUCGAUUUUAUCAAAUUGAAUAAAGAACGCACUUCUGUUGCUAAUAAAUUGAUGACACAACUUAACAAUGGUGUACCACCUCCGAAUUAUCGCAAGGGAGUUGUACCUAAAUAUCUUCGAGAGAGAAAGGAAGCACAAGAAAAGGAGCAAAAAGCCAAAGCGGAAGCAUUGCAGUCUGAUUGUCCAGAGGGUCAUGUGCCUUUACCUGAUCAUGAACGCAAGGAGACGCUACGAUUAUUAAAGAAAAAUUAUCAAGAUUAUGUCAACGAAUUAAACAUGAUGCCCAUAAAAACGGAUACUCUCAGAGCACAAAGGCGCAAGAUCGAAAUAGAGAAGCAAUUGAAUAAACUGGAAGAGGGGAUCAAAGUGUUUUCGCGUCCAAAAGUCUAUGUGAAGAUAAAUGCAUAGUGUUGCAUUGCUUUACUCUCAAAAUGUAACGCGUACCUUUAAUAAUAUUUAUGUCCGUCCCGUAUUUCAAUCCAAAAUACUGUAUAUUGUUUCGAGAAUCCAAUGUGACAAACUUGAUUGUAUUUUGUUAUUACAUAAUGGUGGAAACUGUACACAUUUCUCAUCAAACUAACCAAUUUUGUAUAUACAUGAAAAAUUGGCUGGCUUGAUUCGAUUGACGUCUAGCGUUAAAAAAUUGGAAACAAAGAAAAAUACUCUUUAGAAACAGAGAAAGAUACAUUGAACUAUUUUCAUACAAGCACAGUCUGGAUUUUGCUAGCAAUUGUGUAGAUAGGAAUAUCUCCUUUUAAAAAUAUAAAUAUUUUAUUUAAUAAA